GCCCAGGCGCGAGGUAGUCGCUAGUCACUAGUCAGUAUUGGUGGCGGGCGCAAGUGUGACAGUGAUAGUGCUAGAAGUGCAAGCUACAGUUGGUGAUUGACAUGCGUGCUCGACCUCUCUUAUCGUUCCUCAUCUUCCUUAUCACUCGGACGCUUUCAGUUACUGCCACUGAAAGCCGAGAAGAGGUGCUGGAGCAGAGUGGAAACGUGACAAUCCGUGAGGGGAAGGAUACUACCAUUAAAUGCACUGCGGGUGCAAGCUCAGAGAUCAUCUCUUGUGUGUGGCUCUGGGAAUUCCCAGGCAGGGACCAUGCUCCAACCGUGGUGGCGGGCUUCCCAGGACAUGGUCUCAACUCCUCGGAUUGCUCCAUCAACUUGGUCAAUGUAUCCCAGAUCCAGACAGGCUGGUGGACCUGUCGUGCUCAGACUGCCAACACCACUAUUCUCCACUCUGAACCAAUCUUCCUGCAAGUCUUUACAGGCCCUAUUGUGACUUUCGAAUUAAAGCCAGUGAAUCGAACUUUUUCCAUUGGGGGAGAAGCAGAAUUAGAAUGCAAGACAGCCAUCCCGGUGGUGAGCUGUCAGUGGAGCUUUCAACAGCAAGGGCAGUCAGAACCUCUGGUGGUGACAGAAGGACCUCCAAAAGGUGCUACAGACUGUUCCUUCCGCCUAGAGCAUGUCAGCUACGAGCAGGUGGGCGCCUGGAGGUGUGGGGCUCGUACUGAUAACUCAGACCACUUCACUUUCACUGACACUGUCUACAUUCAGGUGGAGCACAAGGAAGAGGCUUUCCCAGUGGAAUUUACAGAAGAGCCAAAGGAUACUGAGAUGAGAGUGGGUGAGACAGGAACACUACAAUGUAAGGUCCAUGAAGAGUCUCACAUAGAAGACUGUAGAUGGUAUUGGCAGCCUCUAGGACGCAACAAACCAUGGAGGGUCCUCAUGAGAGAGUUCCUUCCAGAUAAAAAUGACUGUUCCAUUAUGUUCAGCAACAUCACAUGGGAUCCUGAGGGUCUUUGGAGUUGUCAUGUCAAACCAAUCCACUCUAACAAGUUCAAAGCUUCCAGAUCUGCCCAACUGACUGUUAGAGGAGAUAUAAUUGUAUCAACUCUAAGCAGAGAAAUAAGCGUUGCUGAAGGUGAACAACUGAUGAUGAGCUGUGUCGCUGAAGAGCCAGCCAAGGGAUGUCAGUGGAGAAGGAGGUCUCUGACUUAUACUGAGGUGGAGGACCCUUUCCCUUGGGUAGUUUUCAGGACACUCCAGCCAGUUGGGAAUGAGAGCCGAGACUGUUCCUUGCUCCUGGAUCAUGUUUUGAUGAAACACCAGGGUUUGUGGGUCUGCAGCAUUAGAUUCCAAGAUGAUGAACCGUACCAUGAUGCUAUGCCAACAGUGGUCACUGUCAAAACCCCGAGUAAAGUGCAUUUUUUGGAGACGCCACGCACCCAGCUGGCUGCCGAAAAUCGCUCAGUAACGCUUAACUGCUCCACGCACUCAGCAGUACACGAGUGUGUCUGGACGUGGUAUGAAGACGAGUCUAAGGUGUCGGAGAGAGUAGUAAAGUAUAACUUCACGUCCGUAGAUGGCUACGAUUGUAGUGUAGUGGUGCCUGCUGUGGAGAGGAACCUACAAGGAAUCUGGCAGUGUGCUGUCCGUUACGGAGAUCCUUUACACCCCAAUGUCAGCUAUGCUCGACCUUUCAGCCUCACUGUUGUCAAAACUGGUCCUAUUGUAUUUCGAGCAGUUGCCAAAUGGGUACAUGUUUUGAAGGGGAGCAGCAGUGUCCUAGAGUGUGUGGUCCAAGAGCCGGUUGAGGAAUGUAUCUGGUUCUACCAAAACGAAACUAACUCUAACCAAGCCUCUUCCCUCAGUCAGAUCACUAGGUUCCAACCAACCAACUUUAACAACUGCAGUCUGCGAAUUGAGGGAAUUAGUGGGGCAAUGGAAGGUAGUGGAUGGUAUACCUGUGGUGCUCGUAAUCAAGGGGAGAGCAACUUUACAACAGCCCCUCCCAUCAGACUUGACUACGCCUAUCCAGGAAACGUGACCACCCAGAGCCUGGUGUCAUCAACAGAGUUAUUGGUACUUAUAUGUCAACUAUCAAAUGUGGUGCCUGGUGCCUCGUGUGACUGGAUGCAUCCUUCUGAGUACAACAUAUUUGAGUUCAACACCACUGCAAAAUAUGAAGCUGACUUUAAUCCUGAGACAGGGAGUUGUUCCAUCAGUUUCCGACCAAUGUUGGUUGAUGUUGGACACUGGAAAUGUGUCUUCUCAGUCAACAACAAAAACCUCAUACUUGGUGAAGCUUCCUUCACUGUGCUCAGCUCCCCACAAAAUGUACGUCUCAGCUGGAUUGUUGGGAUCCUAGCGACUGUGACAUUAAUGCUGACAGUACUACUGUUUGUGGUGAUCACUUGCCGAUUCUAUCAGUGCAGUCGCAAUAACAAGACCAUGGUCCAGCUCAACAAACCUAUGGCAGAGCAUGGAAAACGCUACUCAGAGGAUCCAACCAAGGGUAUCAACUUCAGUUUCACUGAGACCCCUGAACUUCUGGUUGAUUUCUCUGCCCCCUCCCCGACACCAGCUGACAGUCAUCAUUAUGAGCAUGUGGGCAGCUAUCUGUCUCCAAGACCAAGUUUCUAUCAAAAUGUUGACUAGUAGUGUAUUUGUGGCAAUGAGAUUAUUUGUUUUCUAAUUAUUUUUUGUGAAAAGUAUUAUUUUGCAUUUAAAAUAUAGUUUACUGUUUUUAACAGAAA